AUGAGACGAUGGCCAUCCGCUGAUGGAUACCAUUUCAGUAUUGACUAUGCUGAUGGCACUGGGCAGUCCGGCCCUCUGGGGACCGAGGAUGUGACUAUUGGCAGUGUUACCAUUAAUUCGCCGUUUAUCGGCGUUCCCAAUGAUGUUCGAACAAACUCAAAUGCUGUGCGGGCUGGGUGUUUGGGUAUGGCGCCGAAUGCAUUUACCAUGGCCCCUCAAGACGAGAAGACAUGGCAUCAGAAUGCGGAGUCGACGCUUGACCAGCCCCUUUGGACUGUUGACUUCCACAACGACAAGCACGGGCCCAUGGAUUUUGGAUUUAUCGACGUGAGGACCCUGAUGAUUCCACCGCCUACAAUAUUCCUUGCGACUCCAAAAAAUCCACCUGAUUUUGUCCUCGGAUUCGAGAAUGGUGGUUCCGUGAUGAUUCCCGGCUCCAUGAUGAUCGAGGGAACUGCUGGCGAUAGCUGUCGGGGUGCUCUGUACAUUACGGAUUCGGACAGAAACUUGGGAUCCGCUAUGUUUAAUUCAAACUUGGUUGUCUUCAGUCAGACUAACCAGCAAGUUGGAUUUGCGCUGAAGCCUUGA